AAAGCAAAAUGGCGAAUAUUCAGGGAACGUUUGUUAUCUUGUGAAGAAGGCACGAGCCCCGCAAGUUUCCGCGAUAUACUUUGAAAUAAAUUCAACGAGAGAAGAAACCGGAGAGCAGCGGUCAUUCCUGUUUAGUUAUUUUGUCGUACGAGUCGUUUGUAGAAGCGGAGGUGACCGAAUGAGAGACUCAGGGGUUGUGGAUCACCUGUCUGUCCAUCACAGAGCUCUCCCCCAGCGGCAGCAGAAGGCUGUGUCCCCUCCCCCCAAACAACUCUCUGCUCUGGGAGAGUAUGGGGAGGACAGCAUGUCUGACCGGUUCACAGAGGGACAGGUCGUCUUGGCCCGGUGGUCAGAUGGUUUGUCCUACUUGGGGAAAGUCAACAAGAUAGAUCGGGACAAGCAGCGAUGCUUUGUGCUUUUUGAGGAUCAUUCAAAGUCGUGGGUUCUGUGGAAGGAUAUUCAGACAGAGAACGAAGGUGAUGAUGAGGAUGACGACGAUGACAUUGUGUGCUCUAUCUGCCAGGAUGAAACUUCAGAUGAACCCAAUGAAAUUGUCAUUUGUGACAAUUGUGGACAAGGCUACCAUCAGCUGUGCCACACCCCCAUCAUUGAUGCCGCAGUUGUUGACUCAAAAGACAAGUGGAUCUGCUCAGAGUGCGAGCUCGCUUCUAUGCCUAAGAGGGGUGGUGCCCAUGUGAGGGGAACGUCUACUAAAGCUUUUCCACAGCACGAACAGCAGCAGCAUGUGGUGCUGCACCUGUCCUUCCCAUAUGGUCUGGACAAACUGGAUUGGGACCCGGACCACAGGACUAACAUCCAGCAGUGCUACUGCUACUGUGGAGGUCCAGGAGACUGGUUUCUGAAGAUGCUGCAGUGUAACAGUUGUCUGCAGUGGUUUCAUGAGGCGUGUCUACAUUGCUUACAGAUGCCCAUGCUCAACGGAGAUAGGUUUUAUCAGUUCAUUUGUUCCGUUUGUCGUCGUGGACCGGAGUGCCUCAGGCGACUGCCUCUCAGAUGGGAGGAUGUCACACACCUGAGUUUGUUCAACUUGAGUGUGAUCCACAAGAAGAAGUACUUUGACUCUGAGAUGGACCUGAUGGCUUACAUCAACGAUAACUGGGAUCUGCUGCAGCUGGGGGAGCUCGCCAACACUCCCAGAUCAGAGCGAUAUGAAAAUGUUCUGGAGGCAUUAAACAACAACAGCAACAUGUUCAUGUCGGGGAAGGAGGUGAAGAAAAAGAAGCAUUUGUUUGGGCUGAGGGUCCGUGUCCCUCCUACUCCCCCCAAUUCUCAUGAGCCGACCAGCAGAGCGCUGGAGAGGGCUUCACAUGAGAUCACCAUCAAGGGCUGCAAGUCCACCAAGGCGCUAUCUGGCAUUAGAGCGUGCGGCAAUUUAACCAAUGGCACAGAGAAGAAGAAGAAGAAGAAGAAAAAGGGGAAGCAAGGAGCUCGUUCUCUGGCUAAACCACAACGCGGUGAACUCUGGCCCCAGGAAGUAAGAAAGUCUCUACCACUAGAGCCCCACACAUUGGAUCACUUAACCUCUAUCAAGAGUGAGAGGUCUCUGCUGUCUUCAAGAACCUCAGAUGUGGAAUCCAUAGGAGCCCUGAGCACCACAGAAACUACCUCAACUAGCAUUUCAAGACAGUCAAGCCUCUGCAGCUCUAGCAAGACACACACGACAGCCUGCACCAUGCCUGUUUCUGCUCCACCCUUAAAAAGGAAACGCGGGCGGCCUCGAAGGGCCCUGCAGCCCCCCAACCCAGAGAUCCCCCCUCCUAGCCACGCAGACCCAAACCCCUCAGCGACGGAGAUGCUGAGCCCGCUCCCUGGGCUUCACUCCACAGACAUAGUUCACAGCAUGGACCCCAGCAGCCAGCUCUCCCACCUCAAGAGCUCCAUCAGCAGCUAUUUCGGAGCAGCAGGGCGGCUGGCUUGUGGGGAAAAAUACAAAGUCCUGGCGAGACGGGUCACCCUUGACGGCAAGGUGCAGUACCUGGUGGAGUGGGAAGGAGUCACUGCCUCGUAGGCCUGUCAUCACCAUCAUCACUUCUAACUUUUAACCUGCGCCUGCAAGACGUUUCUGGCUGUGCUAAGGACACGUGUGUGCACAGCCUGUGUGCAGAGCAUUAAUAGUUAUAUGCCUUUGUUUAGUUUAGACAGGAGCAAGUUUUGCCUGUUCGGCUCACUGCAAAGCCUUCUGGUCCAGUGCACAUUGAAACAUGUCUUUUCCUCCUGUGCUUAAAGACUCACUGAUAAAGACGACGAGGCACUGUCAUUGUACCACAGCGUGUUUGUGUUACUCUGCUUUUAAUUUUCAUUAUUUGCUUUGAAUGUUUACAGCAACCCCCGUCCCCAUAUUCAGGGGCAAAUAACUGAUCGGUGCACUGCAUCUGUCGGCUUUCAGUGAAUCGUCAUUGUACUUAAUUUCUAAUCCAGUGAUAUGCUUUUCAUUUCCAGACCAGUUAUGUUUGAAAUUGUGUUUUUGACAGAAUGUAGUUGGUCAGGCAUAAAAUGGUAAAUCUUGGAGGGUAAGAGAAAGAGGGGAUGCUUUGUUGAAAGAUUGAUUACCAUUUAUUUUCUCACCAAUUGGGUUAGGAAACACGUGUCCAUUUGCGACACUGUCCUCUCCUUCUCUUAUCCCAGCAAUGAGUACCUCUUGUCGUCUUGGGCAGACAUAUCCUUUAGGUGUGUUUUGGAAAGAGGAACUCAAAACAAAAGAGAUGUGCUGCUGCAAAUGUUUAAUUUUAUAUAGAAUUAUACUACAUUUAUUAUCACCUUUUCCACAUUUGUAUUUUCUCAUAUGCUUUUUUUUUUCUUCUCUUUUUUUUCUAAAUUAUGGAUUGCACAUAUCAAAUUAUAUCCGUUAGGCCGUCAUCUCAGUGUGAACAGAUAAUUUGAGGCAGCAUUUUCAUCCACGAUAGUGUUCUUGAUAUUUUAUGUUGAUUAUAUCUCCCUGUUUAAAUUAAAAUGUGACAUUUAAAAAAACAAUAUCCCCAAGUGAAGUGUUAAAAAAUAUCAGUGUAUAAAUGUGCAGAAACCAAGGAUGACUUCUUGUACAUUGUAAAUCACCUGAAUUUUGUUUUCAUAGUACAGUUUUUUUCCCAGAAGCUCCGCUGCCUUAGUUUAAACGCUUAACCUUUAAAACAUCUUGAUUUGAAAGUGAUUAAAACGACUGUUAAAUGUUGACUGAAAUCCUUAAGGACCUAUUUAGUUUUUACUUUGUCUCAUAGUUAUUGAAAAAAAAAAGUGCUGCAUAAGAUGAAUGUUGUAUACCCAGUUCCCAUAUCUAGAAUUAAGUUUUGUUUUUGUUUUUUUUGUUUUUUUUUUUGUUUUUUUUUUGUGUGUUGCCUAUGCAAGUUAGUCCCGGAUGAACGUGUUGUUCAAUCAUAUAUUUGGACCAUACAGCUUAACAAAGGGGAGUUACCGAUUUGACUCAGUCGUUGAAAUAUUUCGUGUGACGGGUGCAAAAAUGCACUUGUAUUUUUGCUUUCAUUGUCAGGUUCACCUUGUGUACACACUCAGGAUACGCCCAAUAACUUCACUGUAUUGAAUUGGCCCACGUUUGCAGCUCGACAGGAGGUUAAGAUGUAAGUUAUACACUCAGUGUUGUCGGUCAGUAUUUUUAUAUCGGGUCCUCUUUUUGUCACAUUACUUUUGGAUCAUAUGUAUGUAUGUUUUUUUUCUGAGCAAAAGAAUUUGUAGUCCUUUUUUUUACUGCUACACUUGCUUGUUUAAACUGAGUCAGAAAACAAUCACUGGAAAACUAAUAUGCUGUAUGUCAUUGCAUGAGGUAAAUAUUCAGUUCUCUUUUCUUUUUUGAGAUGUUUCUAUUUUUUUUUUUUUUUUUUAAUUAAAAUGGACAGAGCUUUUUGACAUUGAUACCUCUUCAAUGUAGGGAUGUAGUCAGUGCAUUUGAAGCUUCUCUCCUCUGUUCAGCCAGUGUCUUAAGCCUUCAUGUUGCUACCACUGGCUUCCAGCAGGCUUCUGUAGCCAAAGAACAUACGUGUAACGUCUGUUUUGUCUCUUGAGAUUCUUCGUCUUACAUUUUUAUACAUCAUUAUAUAGGCUGACGUGUUACUUCUGAACCUGUUUAGUUAAAGGAUGAAUAAAAGCCGAUAUUUUGA